CGAUAUAUAGUCUUCUCUGGCCCAUCCUUACAGGGACAAAUUGCACAACCACCACACCGACCCAACAUGCUCCCCAUGCUCCCCAUCACUCUGCUCACCCUCGGGGCGACCGCUGCGCUAGCUAGCGCAUCCAACCCAGCACGCAUCGAAAUCGAUCUUGUCUUCCCCAAGGGCAAGACCACAUACAACAACAUGACCGUGCCCCCGGUUGUGUUCGCACUGCAGAACGCCCCGACCGCCAAGGUCUUCGACUACCAGAUCAACUGGGAAAUCAACGGGGAUCGACCGGCAUUCUUCGCGGCGGGAAGUUUCGCCUCCGACAGUUGGCAGAAGCAAUUUAACUACACCGCGGGCAACGUGGGAAUUCUCGCCGACUCCACCUACUGGGGGGGGAACAUCAAAGCCGGAGAGUACACUCUAUCGUGGGAGUAUUCAACGACGACGUGCACGGAUAAGGGGGACACCAUGCUGAUCGAAACGGGGAACGUGCGGACGGGGCGCGUAAAGUUCACAAUUGUCGAUGAUGGCAGCGGCGCCGAUGAUCUGUUCUCAGGCUGUCCGCAGUAUCUCGGGGCUAUCACGGCCAAAGACCCCAGUGAUUCGUGUCCGGAGCUGGUUUCGGGGGAGGACGGGAAGCCGGACCCGUGCCAGGCGAAGAUGAACAAGAAGCAGAUUGCGUGCCUGGAGAGUUAUUUCAAGGGCAAGACGGAUAUGGAUGCUUGUACCGCGGCGUUUGAUGACAUCAAGCCGGGGGACAAGGUGGAGUGGGAGUAUGCGAAGGAGGCGCGCAAGGCGGGUCGCCAUGCUGGGGAUGAUAGGCCGGUUAAGCCGAGCUCCGGUUGGAGUGGCAGUAGUAGCUCGUCUGGAAGUUCGACGAGCGAGUCUGAGAGUGAGGACACGAGCGAUGAUACGAGCGAAGGGGAUGAUUCGGAAACUGGAAAGACACAAAAGUCGAUCGGUGCGGUGGUGAGACCGGGGCUGUGGGUGUUGUCGGCGAUCGUGAUAGCGGGGACUGUACUCUAUUAA